GAACUAUAUUUGUGAUGAACGACUGAUUACGUGACUAAACUAGAUCAGAUUAUAUCCAAAAUGAAAACCGUUUGGUUAAUACUAAUUGUGGUGAUCGAACUCAUAUGUGCUGUGUACGGUUACAAAAUAUUAGUGGUAUCCCCGUCAACUUCUUUUAGUCACUUCAGACUGUGCAGUACUCUUGCUAAAGGUCUGGCAGAAGCUGGUCAUGACGUGACGAUGGUGGGUAAAUUCGAUGACAAAGUACUGCCGAAAAAUGGGAAAUACAGGAAUGUUCAUCUGAAGCACAUGGUGGAUGGAAGAGAUGAGGAGAAUCCGAACUUUUUCGAAAUGACAAAGCUCAAUACAUUCUCAGAAAUAUAUUUCGUGAGCUCCCUCGGCAACCUGAGGACCAAAGCUACACUUGAAGAUCCGUCAUUCAAAGAACUACUCAGAUCCAACAACACUUUUGACGUCAUCAUCCUAGAACAAUUCGUCAACGAUGGCUUGAAAGCAAUAGCAUGCCACUACAAUGCUCCUCUGAUAAUGUUCAGUCCAAUUGCAGCUAAUUUUUGGGUCAAUUCCAUAUCUGGUAAUCCGGGUCCACCUUCCUACAUACCGGAUCUUUUCGAGGAAUAUGGACCAUACAUGACGUUCUGGCAACGGACGAAAAACUCGUUACUACUACUGUUUCAUAUAUUGAACAAAUAUUUCAUAAUAUAUCCGAAACAAAAUGAGAUGGUGAAGCAAUAUUUUCCCGAGUGUCCUGACGUUGAGACUUUAUCACGCAAUGUAUCAUUAUUCUUGCUGAAUUCUCACCAGAGCUUCAGUCAGCCAGUGCCUCUGGUACCAAAUAUGAUCGAUAUAGGCGGCUUCCACGUACCUCGUCCUAGAAAAUUGCCAGACGAUCUUCUAAACAUCAUGGACAAUGCCAAGGAAGGAGUUAUAUACUUCAGCAUGGGCUCGAAUAUAAAGCCUUCAGAAAUGGAACCCCGUUAUAAACAGGCAUUAGUUAAUGCCUUGGGAAAAUUGAAGGAAACGGUACUCUGGAAAUAUGACGAAGAUUUAGCUGAGAAAAGCUCGAACAUUAUUAUAAGGAAAUGGCUCCCUCAAAUGGACAUUUUGGCACAUCCAAACUUGAAAUUAUUUAUCACACAUGGAGGACUACUCAGUACAACAGAAACACUCCACUAUGGAGUACCGAUAUUGGCAUUACCAGUUUUUGGAGAUCAGCGGCUCAAUGCAGCAAAGGCAGUAGCCGCUGGGUACGGACUGUCUCUGAAUUUUUUGGACCUUACAGAAGAUAAAUUCAGUUCGACACUGAAUGAGCUGCUGAGAAAUCCAAAGUACCGCGAAAAUGCCAGAAGAAUAUCCAGGCUGAUGCAUGACAGACCUAUAAAACCCCUGGAUCUCGCUGUAUACUGGACUGAAUUCAUCGUGAGACAUGAUGGUGCACCUCAUUUAAGGGUGGCUGCAGUCGACAUGCCAUGGUACAAAUAUGCAUCGAUCGAUGUCAUGGUCACCCUGCUAUCCAUUUGUUUGGGUACAUUGACGUUACUGUAUCUGCUUGUUAGGAAAGUUUGUUGCCGAACUUCCAAUGUGAAAAUAAAGAAAAAUUGAACAGUUAUGUAUUUAUCAUUUACUUAUUCAUUACGAAAUACCUAUACCUACCUCUCAUAUUUCGCGUGUAUUUUGCAAUCUUGUGCUCGAACGGAUUUUACACAGAACCAUGGUGAAUCUAGCAUACCUACAGGUUACAUAUAUGUAUUUUGAGGAAGGAUCCCAGCAACGCUCAUCGUUAGACAGUUGGUCACAUGAUAUAUUUCAAUUUUUAUUUUGUUCAGAGUUCAGAUAUUCCGGCGGAGACUGGCGGAAUGUAUGAUAGCCGACUCAGUAUCUUUUGCUAUGUUGCCCUUUACAUGCUCAAUGUUUAUCAAUAGGAUCAUAGCAACGUUAGGGAAUUCAUGAUGUCACGAUCAGAUUGUCGUUCAUCACUACUCAACAAUAAGUGCAGCAUUUCCAAUGAUUCCAAUAAACC